GAUUGGCAGCGUUGACUCAAGCGAGGGAGAAAACACUGACAGUCGCGGUGAGAAAUAGCGGAGAAGUUAGAUGGAGCUAUUCUUUGUCGCCUUCUACCUUAGCAUUCAAAUUAUGCUGAGCCUUCGUCCAGACCGUUGAACCAAGCUUCCUUUCCGCGAUUUCAAGCAUUCGCCACAGGCAUCAAAGCAUACGGUCCCGCUUAGGCCUGUCCCUGCGAUGAUGGAGGAAUCGGUGACCACUUUCGAGACUCAUUUGACAGCUGUCAUGGACGGCCUCAUACGGUCGUCCGUGUGCGAGAUCACCAAACUGUUCCAGGAGACGGUGGCCAACUACUUGGUGGAGCUAUCCCUCAACCGCAAGGAAAACGAUGCUCUUAAGCUGCGCCUGAGGCUCACUGAGAACAAGCUGAGGACGGAGCGAAUGUAUGGUGCCGGCUGGGCUGCCAGUCGUCGCAACGCCGGGCCUGCCACUACCAUUGCCGAGGAGGGAGGACCGCACAAACGGAAAAUUGAGACAGACCGCAAAUCAAAGAAAGGCCCUGGAGCAGCCUAUCGCCGAGGCUGGCCUGGAGGCAUGUGGGAAGAGGGCGGAGAAGUCGGAACAGGAGCAGCAGCAGCAGCAGUGAUGGCAACUGGACAAGGAGGGAAGGAUUCCAGGCAGAUGUACCUUGUCCAGCUCCCCAGGGGUGAAGAGGAUGAGGAAGACAUGGUCCGGGAUGGAGAAGGGGAGUGCAGCCUCAGUGGUGAGGUGGAGGAUACAACCACCAUCAAAGAGGAGUUUCCUCAAAUCGACGGAUAUCAACCAACGUCUUUCAAGUUGAUCAAAGAGGCUCUGAAGAUGGACCAGGCAAAUAACAACUUCUGCGAUAGUUCCAGAUCCCAAAGUGAAGGAGACCCAGCAGAUCGUCCCCUGACCCUCACUUCGACCAAAAAAGAGGAUAACGACUGGGACAUGGGCUCAGCGGAGCAAUCGGAAGGCGGUAUGACCGCAGACGAGUUGAGGGGCUUGGAAUCCGCGCUAAGAGCAGAGAGAGGCCGUGAACAGGCCAGUAUAACAGCUUCCCAGCCCGUGUGCCCGGCGACGGAGGUGGUCUUAGGUGGAAAGAAAGGUUUACUUCCCAAGUACAUUGGAUUGGAUGGCUUGGAGCAGGAAGGAGAUGCGGAGCAACAGCCACCCAUGCUGCAGCGUGAGCACCAGAUCGGAAGAGGCACGGUAAAGGACCAUGUGAAGGGUCGCGUUAGGACUGUGGGGGUUGGGUCAGGCAGGUUCAGGAAGACGAGAGAGAGCAACUCUGCUAUGAGUGGAGAGGACGGAGCGGAACCGGGUGAGUCCGAUCAUCUGCAUUUGUCUGCAACGGGAAGUGCGGGCGAAAGUGGAGGUGAAGAGGAGGCCAAUGCCGACCUGCUCCACUUCUGCCCUCAGUGCGGGGGAGGCUUCACCACAGAGGCUGAGAUGGAGGAACACCCCUGCCCGCUAGGUGGAGCACAUUUACAGAACAGUGGUGGCGAGGAGAACAUUUUUCCUUGCGCCCACUGCGGAAAUACAUUCAGCCAUGCGUGGGCGCUCAAAAAUCACGAAUGUGCCUGUGCUGCCGAGAGGCCGCAUUGCUGCGAAAUAUGCGGCAAGCGCUUCACACACUCGCGUUCGCUAGAGCGCCAUCAUCUUGUGCACACGGGUGAGAGGCCUCACCAGUGCCCGUUGUGCGGGCGUAGCUUCAGUCGACUGGGGAACUUAGAACGGCACCAGAGGAUUCACACAGGCGAACGUCCUUACGGGUGCGAGGCUUGCGGCAAGCGCUUCAGUCGAGUAGAGUACCUAAAGAGACAUCAGCUGAUUCACAAUGGUGAGAAGGCUUCAGUGCAGUGCUCUGCUUGUGGGGUGAACCUCCGCGAUGUGGAGCAACUAAAAAGCCACCAGUGUUGUUGAAAACAUUUGUGGAAAAAGCAACUUUCAAACUGAAUGUGGUAGUUGACUAAUGUGCUUUCUUCAGUGCUCUGCCGUCCUUAAAAUCUAGAUGAUCAUUUACUGAUGUAAAUGGAACAAAGCGGCUAUAAGCUGAAUGACAAAUGUGUCAUUUUAACAGAUGCUAUUCCUAUUUGAAGCCUGUAAUUAUUUAUAGAAAAAAAAGUCAAUUUUUAUGUUUGUAUUGAUGCUUGACUCCUUUGCAAGACAGUGGCAUUUUAUCCUCUAUGAAGUGACAGUGUUUUGUACAUUUGUCUAAUGUCUGUAUCCAGAAAUAAACAUUUUGGUUCAU